UAUUUAUAUUUUACUAUAGCAACGAAUUUUGUUAAGUGUGUUUGAAUGCUUUCAUAUUUUGUACCAUACAAUUAAUCAAAUAAACGUUUUAAAAUUAAAAUUAAUAUAAAACAUCAAAAGAAACACAUAAAAAAAUUACCGAAAAAAUCACAACGGUUAAUACGUGUUGACUGACAAUUAAGGUAGCUGUAGAACACGUAGUAUUAAUUAUUAACAUAAUAGCAAUAUUGUUUCUGAUAUCAACGCAUUCGAUGACCUAUCUUAGAUGUCUCAACAAAAGAAAUCAACGACAUCGGGAAUCGUUCAGCGUACUAGUUUAGCUCCAAAAACACCCGUCAAAAGUUCCAAAACAAUAUUAGUGGAUGCCCAUUACAAGCUUGGUAAAAAAAUCGGAAAAGGAAAUUUUGGGGAGGUUCGAAUCGGAAAAGACAUAAGAAACAACGAAGACGUUGCCAUAAAAACAGAAUCAAUUACAGCAAAAGUACCACAGCUCAUGUUUGAAUAUAACAUUUAUAGACAGUUGGGAGCAACGGAUAAAACGCACAAGAUUAAAGGCAUUCCAAGAGUUUACUGUUACAAAUUAGCUGGAACACAAUACAACGCUUUGGUCUUGGAACUGCUGGGUCCGUCUUUGGAAGAUUUAUUCAACGUUUGUGAUAGGAAAUUCACUUUGAAAACUGUUCUAAUGAUCGCUAUACACACGUUGCACAGGAUAGAAACGGUGCACGAGAGAGGAAUAGUGUACAGAGACAUCAAGCCAGAAAAUUUCGUCGUUGGCCGGAACCAAUUGAAAAAAGAUAAUAUCAUUUAUAUAAUAGAUUUUGGACUGGCAAAAGAGUAUAUCGAUCACAGAACCAACAAGCAUAUACCUUACAGGGAGAAAAAAAACCUCACCGGUACAGCUAGAUACAUGAGUAUAAACACUCACCUCGGAAAAGAACAAAGCCGUCGCGACGAUUUGGAGUCCCUGGGCCACAUGUACAUGUACUUGGCGCGAGGCUCUUUGCCUUGGCAAGGGCUAAAAGUACAAAACGCAAAGGAACGAUUUCAAAGAAUCGGCGAUAUGAAAAAAAGCAUAACGAUUGAUAGCCUUUGUGAGGGUUACCCUGAAAUGGCAGAGUACAUGAAAUAUGUCAGACAUCUCGAAUUUUACGAGGAACCCAAUUACAGUUUUCUCCAACAUAUUUUUACCACCGCCCUUCAUAAAAACGGAUUUGAAGACGAUCAAAUAUUCGAUUGGAUUGGGAAAUAAAAACGGUGCCUAGUUAUUUAUUUUUUUAUUAUACAUAUAGGUAUACAAUGAAAAAUAUGACGUAUUAUUAAUUUAAAAUGCCAUAUCGUUUUUCAGACAAAAAACCUAAUUUUCACAAACAUAUAAUAAUAUAACUAUAAAAAAAAUUAUUAUUGUUUUACUCGCAAUAUUUUGUGGAAUUGAAGAAGCUACUCAUUGUGCUACAGAUAUAUUAAACGUAUUUGUUUUACUGCAUAAAUACUUUUGACUGCAAUACGUUGAAAUAAUUUAAUAUAUUGUGUAAAUGAUAAAUAGAGAAUAAUAUAAUUAAUGUAUGCAUUCAUGAAAAUGUUUGUUCUAGAGAAUCACUUGACGUAUUAUAGCAGUGGAAAUAAAUAAAUAUAUUUAUAAUAUUUCAAUGUAUAAAUGUAC